AUGAGAAAGAGGAACCCCGACAUCAUACUGAUGGGGCUGCCCUGGGCCUUCCCCGGGUGGGUCGGGAACGGGAAGAACUGGCCCUACGACUUCCCAGACAUCACCGCGGCGUACGUGGUCAACUGGAUCCUCGGUGCCAAGACGUACCACGACCUGGACAUCCGGUUUAUCGGGAUUUGGAAUGAGCGACAGUACGACGUCAAGUACAUCAAGCUGCUCCGCUACACUCUGGAUAAGAGCGGGCUGAAACGGGUCGGGAUCGUAGCCAGCGACAACCUGUGGGAGCCCAUUUCCCUGUCGCUGCUGCGCGACGCUGAGCUCAGCGCAGCGGUAGACGUGAUUGGGGCUCACUACCCAGGAACCACCACGGUGCCGCAGGCCCUGAAGACGGGGAAGAAGCUGUGGGCGUCGGAGGAUUACAGCACCUUCAACCAGGAGGAGGGAGGAGGCUGCUGGGCUCGCAUCCUCAACCAGAACUACGUCAACGGUCACAUGACCUCAACCAUCUCCUGGAACCUGGUAGCCAGCUACUACGAGGACCUGCCGUUCGGCCGGUGUGGCCUGAUGACGGCACAGGAGCCCUGGAGCGGAAACUACGUGGUGUCUUCCCCGAUCUGGAUCUCAGCCCACACGACCCAGUUCGCCCAGCCGGGCUGGACGUACCUGCAGACCGUGGGACACCUGGAGAAGGGCGGGAGCUACGUAGCGCUGACGGACGGGGACGGAAACCUGACCGUCGUCAUAGAAACCAUGACCCACGAGCACUCGGCCUGCAUCAGACCCCCCCUCCUGCCCUACAACCUGACGGCCCAGAAUGCAACGUUCCAGCUGAAAGGCUCCUUCGCCUCCGUCCCGGAGCUGCAGGUCUGGAGGUCUCGGUUCAACUUCAAGACCAAGAAGCCCUUGCUCUUCGAGAAGCUUCCUCCGCUGAAGCUGGUAGACGGGUCCCUGACCCUCAGCCUGGCGGAGGACGAGGUCUACACCCUCACCACCAUCACCAGCGGCAGGAAGGGCAGCUACCCCGAACCCCCGCCCUCCGCUCGCUUCCCCAAGCUCUACAAGGACGACUUCGACCUCCGAAACCCCCCCUUCAGCGAACCCCCCAACUUGGCGGACCAGACGGGCGUGUUCGAGUACUUCCUGAACCUGUCGGACCCGGGGCCGCACGUCCGCACGCUGAGGCAGGUGGUGACGCAGAGACCCGUCACCUGGGUGGCCGACGCCGACCAGCCCAUCACCGUCAUUGGAGACCACCAGUGGAAGGACCUGACGGUGUCGUGUGACGUGUUCAUGGAGGCGGCCCAGACGGGCGGCGUGUUUGUGGCGGCGCGGGUCGACCAGGGUGGAGGUUUGGUCCGCCGGGCCAAGGGAGUUUUCUUCUGGGUGUUCUCUAACGGAGACUUCAAGGUCACCUCGGACCUGGCGGGACAGACGGUGCUGACGGAGGGCCAGUCCGGGACCGGGGCCUUCAGCUGGGUCACCCUCACGCUGGUCGUCAAGGGCCAGACGGCGUCCGGGUUUCUGGACGGGAAGCCUCUCUGGAACCACACGGCGCUGUUGGCGCCGCUGAGCGGCUGGAAGGCGCUGGGAACCGGCUCCUUUGAGCUGGCGCAGUUCGACAACUUCGCCGUGGCGGCCGAGUAACCGUGGUAACCAGAGUAACCGGCCGCUGCUGGACCUGAGCGCUGGUUUGAUUCCUGACAUGUGAAGACCCCGCCCCCCCGAUGGGUCUGACGGGUUUCAGACGGAGGAGAAUCGUUGUAUGAAACCUGUUUCCUGAUAACGUCGUUGAGACUUUAUCUGUGAUUGUUGGAACAUUGAAGGGAACCGCCUUCGUGCCUUUGAGCAAGGCCCUUGACGUGACAAUAGCAGCUGCUCCGAGUCCACCUACAGGUUAAAUGCACAUAAUAAUUUGUCCUUUUGGGACGGAUAAAGGCUAAUUAUAAAAAUAAAAUAAAAUGGGUCGGUCCAGAUUGAUUUCUCUUUGUAACUUGACUCAGGACCAAAACUACGGAAGUAGAUUUGUUUCUUAAUUGUUCAAUCAAAAAAAAUGUAUUUCAAUCAAAGAAAAAAAUUAUUUGAACGCAAAGAAAUAUUUGAGACAAAAAAAGGCAUUUGAACAUUGUUUUUCUUCGAUUGGAGAUGUUUUCAAAAUAAUUCAAUAAAAAAAAAUGAGUUCAAAACUUUUUUCACUUCAAUCAAAAAAAAACUUCAAAUGCAAUUGUUUGGGUCUCAAAUAUUUUUAAUAUUUUUUCAACUAGAUUUAUUCUUUGCAUUCAAAUACUUUUUUUCUUUGAUUUGAGAUACAUUUAU